AUGACAGAAAUACAGCAAGAAAAAAAGGCAAGGAGAGAGCAGUUGAACAUCACCAAGGUGCAACUAGAUCAAUGGAAUAAAGCUCUAGGGGACCUGAAGCCAGCAAAGAUUGUAGAAUGGGCAAUUCUGACCUUUCCGCAUCUUUUCCAAACGACUGCUUUUGGACUUAGUGGGUUGUGCAUUUUGGAUAUGAUAAGCAAGAUGGACUUACCAAAAAGCCUAAACAGCAACACGGGCAAGCUUCCCAUUGAGCUUGUCUUUAUAGAUACACUAUAUCAUUUUCCGCAGACGUUGGAUCUUGUUGAUCGUGUGAAAGAGAAGUAUCCAUCUUUUGCAUUACAUGUUUACAAGCCAGACGGAUGUUCGAGUGAAAAAGAGUUCCGUGAGAGGUACGGCGACGAAUUGUGGAAAAAAGACCAGUUGAAGUACGAUUUUUUGACCAAGGUCGAGCCACUUGAACGAGCAUACAACGAGUUGAACAUUAUGGCUGUGUUUACAGGCAGAAGACGGUCACAAGGAGCAGCAAGAUCAAGUCUGCCUGUUGUGGAUAUUGACGAGACUCUGGGUGUGAUCAAGAUCAAUCCCCUCGUUAACUGGAGCUUUGACGAUGUUCGGAGCUACAUCAAGUCAAACGGAGUGCCUAGAAACGAGCUUCUAGACUUGGGAUACAAAUCAGUUGGAGACUGGCACUCAACAGUUCCAGUUAAGGAUGGAGAAGAUGAAAGGAGCGGUAGAUGGAAGGGUCAAGUGAAGACAGAAUGCGGAAUUCACCAAACGUCGAAGUACAAGCAGUUUUUAGAGAAUGCAGCCAAGAAGGGGAAUGAGAAACGAGUCUGA